CAGAGGAAGCAGCUACAGACGGUUAGCAUCGCUAGCAUGGUGAGAGAAACACCGGGCGAAGGUCGACAGUAGGACGGCAGCAUCCAGCGCUUCUCCUCCCCCGCCCGCCGCUCCUUUAUUCGUCGACACCUUACGAACAGGUUCAGAUAAGUGGAGUUUAUUAACUUAGUGGCUGCUAAAGGAAAGGAGAGUAGCAAGCUAGCCCCCUGAGCUAGCUACAAGUUAGGUUCAGUGUCCUCAUCUCUGUGCGUGAAACAUCCACGAUCAUGGCUGCGCUGAGAGCCUCCUACCACCGGGUCCUGGACCGGAUCGAGCACAUCCUGCCCGGCAAACUGAGACCCAUGUACAACCACCCGGCAGGUCCAAAAACAAUUUUCUUCUGGGCCCCAGUGUUUAAAUGGGGUCUGGUCGGAGCCGGUUUUGCUGAUAUGACUCGACCAGCAGACAAGCUCAGUAAAUCCCAGUCUGCAGUGCUGACUGCCACAGGGCUCAUCUGGUCCAGAUACUCACUGGUCAUCAUCCCCAAGAACUGGUUCCUGUUUGCUGUCAACUUCUUCGUCGGCGGCGCAGGAGCCUCCCAGCUCUGGAGGAUCUGGAGGUACGAGCAGGAUAAGAAGGCAGAGGAGGCUAAAGAAGCUGCUGAAUCCUGAGUGUUUUCUGUUGCCGGUGCUCCACCUGCAGAGGACUGAAAGGGAGACUUGAGACCAGGCACCGACCUGCCCCCUCAUCACCAUCAUCAUCAUCAUCAUCUCUGUCUUCAUUAUAUCCAUGCCAUAACCACGAUUCUACCACAUCAAGCCUGUCGUCCCUGUUGGAAUUGUGCACUUUUCCUUAAGUUUCGAAUUUCCUCAGGGUUUAAAAAAACAACAUACAUUUUUUGUCAACUGUAGUCAACACAUUCAAGCAUGGCGGUCAUCAGCGCACAAGUACAACUUGUUCAACAAGUUGAAUGAUUGUACAUUAAGUUCAUGCUUUAUAUAUCAUGCACUAAUUUGGAAGUUUAGCUUUUUCCAUCAUUGUUUUUCAGGUGUUGCAAAUCGGUACCUCAUAUAAUAAUUUCCCAAAAAAUAUAACUUGACUCUUGAGUUUGUGUUGACCGUGGUAGAAAGAAUGUUUCCAAAUGAAAUUUAAGAAGGACGCCAUCCGGUUAGUUUUUUCUACCACUUAUUUAAAUUCGGUUUAGUCGCAUCUGUACCUCAGUGAUGAUUUAAUAAGUGUUUCAUUACCAUGUAACCUUCCUCCCAUCUCAACGGCUUUAAAGUAUUUUAAUCUGCGUGUGAGCAAAUCCUAAUUUAUGAAUCACUUGAUUUAUGUCUAGUUCAAAGUGUAUAGAAAGAUGCUGUUAUUUUCUGAUAUUGACACCAAUGCCACAUAUUUAACAUGUGCAGCUUUUUAUUGAUUGUUACGACAGAGUGAACCAGUAAAACUGUUACUGAUACGCUAACUCUUUGAUUUUAAACCCCUCACUCUUGAUGCCUCUUCGUUCUUAGAAAAUAUAUUAGAUAUUUUUUUCUUUGACAUGUUUCCACUGUCGUUACACUGAAUAUCCCCACUUGAUUUUAGCAAUAAUUGGUGUUGUCACUUGAGUAUUUCUUGAUCUGCUGUGAGAAAAAUGGCACUAGGAAGGUCAAUCAUUGUGGCUCUCUAAUAAAUCAUAUUUAACACCUACA